CUUCUGGGAGCAGCCACAGGUGUGGGCACCCCCAUACCUCUGAAAUCCUUUUCUCAGAGUGCAGCAUUGAAUCCAGAAGCCCUGUUGCUCUGGAUUUUGGGAGUGAACUGCAUAUAAAUAAACCUGUGGAAGCUACCAAGAUGGCGACAUGCGGUGAUGAAAGCCUUGUGUGCAUUACUUCAUGUUCUGAAGUUCCAGUAACACAACACUCACGGGACUCUUCCUCCUGUCUCAGUGCUACAGAGUGGCCACUGAGACGUUAUGGCCGAUUCAUGCCUUUGGCCACCGCCUCAGGCUCCUGGAAGGUUCUGGAGUCAAAUGAAGAAUCUGGUUUUCUUGUUCUCACUAUGGUUAUUUCGGGCCACUUCUUCAUUUCCAGAGGAAAAGAAGUACUGGAAGGUUUUUCAUUAAUUGAUGCUUCUCAGUGGUUGAAGAUAGUAAGAAAAGCAGACUCCAUGCUGUUUGGUUCAAAGAUAAAGAACAAACAUCGUAUGUUUCGUGUUCAAUUUGCGGGAGAUUCCAAAACACAGAGAGAGCAGCACUGCUGCAACUGUGCACAAAAACUUGUUGAGUAUGUACCCAUUCAAGUAAUGGAUGCAACAGGACAGGAACUGCAGCAAAGUCACAGCCAGCCACUUGAAGAUGAAGGUCAAGUGAAAGAUGUGGAACAAAAUCUCUCAGAGCAACACAUGGUUCCUCCAGCUCAAGGAAGAGUAACUGUGGCAGACCUAGCAAAGGAUUUACUGACAUCAGGUUUUGCACUUCCUCUCGCAUCUCAACAAUCUGUAUGGAGUGCUGAAAAUUUAGGCAGUUUCAUUCGUUUAUGUCUCUUGGAUCAGAGCUUUCCAGCAUUUGUGGAAGAAGUGGAAAAGCAGCUGAAAAAAAUUACAGAGGGUUAAGGAAUAAUUAUUAUUUCUGGAAAUACAGUAUUAAAAAUAAACUCCAGCAUGAUUAUAUAGUUGAGAAACAGACCUAAAUCCAGACUUCAUUAAAGCUGUAUUUUAUAAAAAGAUGCACAGGUGAGGAGUAGAGAAUUCUUCUCCCUAUGUGCAGUAAUCUCACAAUAUAGCCACUGUGUGCUUUUCUUCUCAAUAUUUCUGUAAUUGAAAGUUUUUUGGGAGUGGGAAAAAAGCCCUUGGAAAUGUUUGCAGGGAAAUGGUAUGGAUCUUGUGUUCCUUAUCUUUUUAUUUCUGUCUGAUUGGGUCAGACCUACAUUUAAGCAUAUAGAUCCACUGUUCUUCAGUCUCAUUAUUUUUUCUGUAUGUUAACCAAAGUUUUGAAAUAUAAUCUGUACUUGAAAUUUGGAAUUGAACC